CCAUAAUUUAUAAAUUGGCGCCAUAACGAGCAACGACGUGAACGUAGACAAAAUUCAAAAGGGUGAACACGAGCGAGUGACAGUCAACUUUUCUCAUCAAUGUGGCGCCGGCAGUGAUUAAAUGAUAAAUUGGAUGUAUCCGUGAGCGGAGAUUUUAGUAUAGAACACGAGUUAGAACGUUCGUUUUUCUAAGUAGAGAGAGAGAGUAAACCCAAAUACUAAUACCUUAAAGGUUCUGUGCACGUUGACGCAUUCAGCGAACUUCGUUAAUCUAUUCGAAUGACGAUGACAGUGUACUGACUGUCUCACCGAUUCGGAAGCUAUGGCGAACAUCGCGGCAUUGAGAAUCCAACGCGAAUUUAAAGAGGUUAUAAGAAGCGAGGAGAUCUAAAAAAUGUAAGAUUAAUUUUGUUUCAUGCAAAUUGUAGCCAUAUUCACUCAUGUUGCAAAAUGUGCAAUCAAAGUUGAAUUGGUAAAUGAUAGUUUUACUGAACUAAAAGGUGAGAUAGCGGGUCCGCCAGAUACACCAUAUGAGGGAGGUAAUUUUGUGCUCGAGAUUAAAGUUCCCGAGACAUAUCCCUUCAAUCCUCCUAAAGUACGAUUCAUAACAAAAAUAUGGCACCCUAAUAUAUCUUCUGUAACAGGUGCUAUAUGUUUAGAUAUAUUGAAAGACCAGUGGGCUGCUGCUAUGACUUUACGUACGGUACUGCUAUCAUUACAAGCUUUACUAUCUGCAGCAGAACCAGAUGAUCCACAAGACGCAGUAGUGGCUAGGCAAUAUAAAGAGCAUCCAGAAAUGUUUCGUCAAACUGCCAAACAUUGGACAUAUGUAUAUGCAGGAGGACCAGCAAAGAUGCCUGAUUUAGAUGAUAAAAUAAGGCGACUAACAGAUAUGGGUAUUGAGGAACAUAAUGCAAGAGUUGCUUUAUCUUCAUACAAUUGGGAUUUGGAACGUGCCACUGAGCAGCUCUUCAGUUAGUGAUAACUGUAUAGUUAAUCUGUCAUAUAAAAGCACUGCUCAUUUUGUCAUUACAAAACUUCUGUAACACCAUGCCCAAUUACUGAUACCAUAGCAGUUUCAUAAUCAAAUUCAGCACCUGUAACGACAAUAUUUCAAUGGCAAAAAAAUUCACAGGAAAUUCAUUUCAAUAACCUUAAACAAUACUCAUUUAUUUAACGUGUAAAAUAGGCAUGAAGAAACAGUAAUUAAUAAAAUCUAUUAAGUCCAACUUAAUAGCACACUUAAAAAAAACUGUAUGGAAAGUAUGUCAUUUUUCAUCUUACGUUUAUUAAAAGUUUAAAAAUGUUAUUUAAGCCAUAA